GAGUCUUCUCUUCACGGCGGGCGGGUUGUUGUGGCCUGUGGCUGCUGUGGUGUGGUGUGGGUAGGCAGCACGAGACGAUCGAGAGUUCGACUAGUCGUCGAGACCACCAACAAACCAAACACCACAACACAACACGACUCGAGCGAGGGACGGAGGAGCAAUGGCGGAGCCGAGCCAGCAGCUGCUGCGGUCGUUCGUGGAGGUGCCGGCGGGCUCGCACUUCCCCAUCCAGAACCUGCCCUUCGGGGUCUUCCGCCGCCAGGGGUCGGCUCAGGCGCAGGCGCAGGCGCCGCGCCCCGCCGUGGCCAUCGGGGACUUCGCGCUCGACCUCGCCGCCGUCGCCGACGCGGGGCUCUUCGACGGGCCCGUGCUCUCCGGCUCCCCGUGCUUUCACCAGGAGACGCUCAACAUGUUCUUGGGGAUGGGCCGCCCGGCGUGGAGGGAGGCUCGCGCCACGCUACAGAAAAUUCUCUCAGCUGACGAGCCAGUCUUGCGUGACAACGAGGCCCUGAGGAACAAGUGUCUGGUACCAAUGAGUGAUAUCGAGAUGGUUCUACCAAUCACGGUUGGAGGUUACACAGACUUCUUUUGUUCUGUGCACCAUGCAAGGAACUGCGGAUUCAUCUUCCGAGGGCCGCAGACUCCAGUCAUGCCAAAUUGGUUUUAUCUUCCAAUAGGAUACAAUGGACGAGCAUCAUCUAUAGUUGUGUCUGGAACCGAUGUCAUUAGACCCAGAGGACAAGGACAUCCAACAGGAAACUCUUCUGCUCCUUAUUUUGGCCCCUCUCAGAAGCUUGAUUUUGAACUUGAGAUGGCUGCCAUUGUUGGUCCGGGGAAUGAAUUAGGCAAACCUAUUGAUAUUAAUGACGCUGAAGAACAUAUUUUUGGCCUAACUUUGAUGAAUGAUUGGAGUGCCAGAGAUAUCCAGGCUUGGGAGACUAUACCUCUUGGACCUUUCCUUGGGAAAAGCUUCAGUACCACCAUAUCACCAUGGAUUGUUACUCUAGAUGCUUUGAAGCCUUUCAUGUGUGAUGCUCCUAAGCAGGAACCCGAGCCUUUACCGUACCUAGCUGAAAAGAACCACAUAAACUAUGACAUUCCUCUUGAAGUCUGGGUUAAGCCCAAAGGUCAAAAUGAUGCAUCAGUUGUCACAAAAACUAAUUUCAAGCAUCUGUAUUGGACGGUGACGCAGCAGCUAACACACCACACUAUCAAUGGAUGCAACAUGAGUCCGGGGGAUAUAUUUGCAACUGGCACACUCAGUGGACCUGAACCAGAGUCCCUCGGAUGUCUGCUGGAGCUAACAUGGAACGGGCAGAAUGAGAUACCGGUGGGGAAUUCAACCCGCAAGUAUCUAGAAGACGGGGAUGAGGUCAUCUUGACAGGAUGCUGCAAGGGUGAAGGCUACAACGUUGGUUUUGGAACCUGCACCGGGAAGGUUCUGCCGGCACUUCCCUGAGCCAACACCGUCUUCGCAUCAGUUCUCCAGAGUCUCAACAAUCAAAAAGAGUUCCUUCCGAUAUCUAGCAAGCUGCUAUGUAACUGAACAAUACGGGUUGUUUUCCUGCACUGUUGAAGAUGAGGAGACUGAUACUCUGUUGUGCAAUAAAAUUGGUUCAUCAUUUUACACAUUUUC